AUGAAUAGCAUUGGGGAAGAAUGUACUGAAUUGAAGCAGAAAUACGACGAUUGCUUUAAUUCAUGGUUUUCAGAACGAUUUUUGAAAGGCGACCACGACGAUUCCAUGUGUGCAGGGAUUUUCAAAGUUUAUCAGGAAUGCGUCAAGAAAGCCAUGAAGCAACAAAAUAUUGACUUCAAAGAUAUCGAUAAAGAUGUUUUGGGUACAGAGAAUGAGUUUAAGGCACCACCAACAGACAAUAGUUGA